AUGAGGGAUUAUCCACCAAGCCGCUGGGCUCCCUCGGAAAGCCGAAGCUCUCAAUCCCCCCUGUCUCUACGCUCUAUCAUCCCUCUCUGGCUUCCCCCGUCCGAUGAUGUAAUAGCGGAGCGGAGCGGAGGGAUGAGAUGGAGACUCAGGAAAUAUGCUGCUGCCAUCAUGUACGUGAUGGGAGCACUGGGCCCGGCGGCUGGUUACCUGCUGGGAGGAGUCCUCAUCGGCUUCUACGUGGACCCGAAGACGGCCGUAACCAUCGACCAGAGCGACCCGCGCUUCAUCGGCAACUGGUGGAGCGGGUUCCUCCUGUGUGCCGUGGCCAUGCUGCUAGUCAUCUUCCCCAUGUUCACCUUCCCCAAGAAGCUGCCGCCCCGACACAAGAAGAAGAAGAGGAGGAAAAAGGUGAGCUUGGACGACCUGUCCAGCGACGACGACGUGCUGAAGGAGAAGAGCAACAACAACAAGAACCAGGCCGUCACCUCGUCCAUGGGCUUCGGCAAGGACAUCAAAGACUUGCCCAAAGCGGCGGUGAGGAUCCUGAGCAACGUGACCUUCCUGUUCGUCAGCUUGUCGUACACGGCCGAGAGCGCCAUCGUCACCGCCUUCAUCACCUUCAUCCCCAAAUUCAUCGAGUCUCAGUUCGGCAUCCCGGCUUCCAACGCCAGCAUCUACACCGGUGAGCUGAU